AUGUUUGAAAAUCACAUCAUUAGUGACAGGUGGUGUUUUGUGGUUUUUACUUCUCUAGAAAUUGGAAUCUCCAGGGAAGAGGCGCUGGAAGCGCUGCAGGUGGUGAGGCAGGAAUGUGACGGCAAUGCAGCAAGGCCAGCUGGGGGAUCAGGUGCCACCAGGAAGUUCACAGCCCUGGAGCUUCUGGAAGAAGAGCAAACCCAGGAUUUCAUAAUCACCUUCUGCUCAGUACUGGACAACAUCCUGGGAGGUGGGGUGCAGCUGACAAAAAUCACCGAGACCUGCGGAGAACCCGGUGUUGGCAAAACGCAGCUGUGCAUGCAGCUGGCAGUGGAUGUGCAGACCACAGAGUGCUUUGGGGGCAUUGCUGGAGAAGCUGUGUUCAGUGACACCGAGGGAAGCUUUAUGGUGGACAGAGUGGUGGACAUUGCAGCUGCCUGUGUGCAGUACUGCCACCUUAUUGCUGAGGCUCAGCAAGAAGAGGGCACGUUGCUAAGGCAUUCCAAGGUCCGGCUGGUGGUGAUUGAUGGAAUUACCUUUCCCUUUCGCCAUGACUUUGAGGACCUGUCCCUGUGCACGAGGCUGCUGAACGGGCUGGCACAGCAGCUCAUCAUCAUAGCCAAUGACCACAAGUCAGCUGUGGUUCUGACAAACCAAAUGACAACAAGGAUUGGACAAAGCCAGUCCACGUUGGUACCUGCUUUAGGAGAAAGCUGGGGACAUGCUGCCACCAUCCGUUUAAUCCUCCAAUGGGACAACAGUCAGAGGUGAGGGAAAAUGUGAGGAAAAUCCCAAUCAAUACAAGUGUGACACUGGAGAAUCCUCCAAACUGGCCAUGGGGGCCAAGCAGGGUUUGAAUUUCGCUCCUGGCCUUGCUCUGCCACAUCCCAGGCUCCCAAGACUCAGGAAUUUUCUCAU